UUCACUACUGCUACACUCUGCUACACAUGGUCAGCAUGUCCGGGUCGAAGUAUAUAGCAGUGGUUCACAUUUGAAAGUGACAAUGUACACAUUGCUUCUGAAUCCCAGCGCUGCUCAAAACUGCCUGGCCGUCUCCCCCCGACCUAAUGUUUCUGGUCUAGGCUGUUUCCUAGUUAGGGUUUCCAGGUAAGGAUCUCAGAGGUUUUGUCUCUUCAUUGAGAAUCCCGCUGAGAGAGCGCCAAUGGGAGCAAAGCAGUCCAAGAAGGAGGAGGGGAAGACGCAGGCGAGGAGUAGUGCUGCCCGAGAUGAUACCUUGACAUCAGCAGAGCGAAUCCGCAAGUACACAUAUAAGCAGUGGGGUUACAACAUGCUAAGCCUGGCCCGCCGAGGCCUUAAAGAGCCCCCAGAGGAACUCUGGGAGCUGACGGAUCUCAACAAGCUCAAUCUCUCAUUGAAUUGCCUGCAGGUUCUGCCUUCCGCCCUCAGCGUCCUCAGCAACCUGGUGGUCCUAAAUCUUUGGGGGAACCAGCUGACAAGCCUGCCCCCGGAGAUCGGCCAGCUUUCUCGCCUCCGCGUUCUGUUCUGCUACCGAAAUCAUCUGACCGAGGUCCCCGAUGAGCUGGGUAACUGCACGAGGCUGGAGGUCCUCAGCUUGGCCAACAACCAGAUCUCCACCCUCCCAAUUUCUUUGGCCAAUCUGACUUGCUUGCGUAAGCUCAACCUCAGCUACAACAACAUUGCUCACAUCCCAGGCUGUGUCUACACCAUGAAGAGUCUGGUCUUCCUCCAUCUGGCCUGCAACAGGCUGGACUGCAUUGCCGAAAGCAUCUCGGCACUGGUGGAGCUCAAGAUCCUCAUCGUGGAGGGAAAUGAGAUCCACUCGCUGCCCAAGACAAUCAGCUGCCUGAGGCACCUGGAGCUGCUCAAUGUGGACUUCAACGCCAUCCAGAACGUGCCUCAGGAGAUGUAUCAGCUCACCAGGCUGGAGAAGCUGGCAUGCCACCCGCUGGAUAAGGGCCUCCACAUCAUGCAGAACCCCUUGCAGAAGCAAAUCAGAGAGGUGCUGGAUGGAGGCCUCAAUGCCCUCUACAGCUAUCUCAAAUCCAACUGAGAUGGGAGGAAGGACAAUGACCAGGCUCUGUCUGUAUUCUGCUCUGUUCUAGCGGAGAACAACUGUUGUUCUCUUCACUGGAACUAAGGUUCUUCCCAUGCCAUUGACAAGGAGGGGGAUAAGGUUACACAGGAAGAGGGAAAAUGCUGUCAAGUGUUCCUUUUUUCAAUUAGCAAGACAAUGCAAAUGGACUACAAAACUGUGGUUAACUGAUGGAUAUACAUCAAUACAGACUUGUAAAUGCAUUGGAUGGACACUUCUGUGCAAAUACAAUGAAGAUCUGUUGGAACCAUGACUCAAACCUGCCUGUCAUAUGCCAAUAGCCUCUUUUCCCACAUAUCUUGUGCACCCAAGCAUCAAUCACUACUGUGUGAUUCUGCUGUGGGAUACUUGAGUGUACAGUGCAGCUGAGCUGUCCCGAUACUGCAUUGACUGGUGCAGAACAACGCAGUUAUUGUUUCAUUAAAACCCAAGUAUAAUAAAGUAAUGGUGCUUACGUAGCUGAAAAAUAACUUUGCAUUUAGUGUUGCUAUCUGCUGCUAGCUUAUUAUUUUCCCUUUUGUAAUGUGAAGAGGCUGGAUGUGAAGAACAAAUACUUGUUUAUGAUAUCAAUUGUUGAAAGAACCGAGGAAAUUGUUAUCACACCAUUCAGUAUUAUGAUAUGCGAAGAAAAAUAAAAUGUACCCUUUAAUCUCUCUUCCACUGAAUGAUAUGGUCACUUUCACAAGGGCCAACUUCAAAUGGUUGUUGUGCCAUGCUUAUAUGUGCUGUGCUCAAUAGCCUGGGGACAAGGUUAUAUGAAAAUAGACUUGAGACUGUUGGGAGCCCGGGUAUAGAUAACUAUCUAACGUUAAGUGGAGCUCCAAUGUCAGAAUCCUCCUUUACCAGAGGAGCCUAGAGAGGAGAAGAGGCCAUGUUUUAGUGGAAAACCUGUAAGAAACUCUUGAGCUAGCAUCUUCUUUGUUCUAAACAAGCAUUGGAUUCCUUCCUCUUUUGUUUUCUUUUUGCCCCUGGGGAAGCAAGCCUAGACAUGUAUCUGACCUGCUGCAUAGAACUUGCUGAGUCCAGUUGACCUCCACUCCUCCAACCUCCAGUUUAGCUAUCUAAACUAUCUCCCAGGAGGAACGCAAGUUCAAUUACAGCCUCCCUUAGCCUCUGAGCAGGUCACUGGGAUCAAGAUGGCGAUGCUUACAUUACAUCAACAGAAAGGUCAUCCGGGAACCGGCCGUGUUUGCUGCUGUGUUUACCGACCCACUUCAUUUAAGAGCAACAAGAACAUUGCUGCUGUUGAGCUACAAGCCGAGUCUGCUCAAAAGAUCACGUCUCGCGGCUCACAGCCAGCAGUUGAAGUCUUAAUUGUGGUUUGGAUUGACAUUUUGGUUGAAUCAUUAAAAUAGAUGUUAGUUUGCCAUAUAGGCAGCAGCUGAUUGCACAUAAAGGUUUGAAGCAUUUCAAAAACAAAAUAGCUGUGUGUUGUGAGUUGUUGCCUUAUGUUUAAAUAAGUCUUUUUAAAAUGUUAUAUCCUUUCAUAUGACUACAUACUGGUAUGUUCGUUUGAGGUGUAAAUGUGUUCACUACCAUUUAAUCUACUUGUCCUUUGGUCAAUGUAA